UGCCUGAUCAAAAUACAGCAGCGAUGCAUAAAUAAAUGAUUUCCAGACGGAGACAGGGGCUCCCACAGCCUGUAACGCCAAUAUAGAUCCAUUCUGGCAGAAUGUACCCGACUAGAAAUUGAGCUGGUCUGUCUGGCUCAUUUUAAAGAGAGCAGGAACGAUGAAGAAGGUGGAUUAUAACUCAGCACUGAAAGUCUGCCUUUAGAGGGCAAACUGCAGAGGAAUCAGCUCGUAGCCAAUAAGCCACAGGAUGCUGGUAGAAACCAAACAGCUGACUGUGUACAGCACCGAUGUUUUAACAUUCGGAAACUGAAGAAAGAUUCACAUCCAAGUAUAUUUAAAGAAGUGGACUAAUUUAGAACACCAAGCUGGAAGAGCACAACGAUUCGAGAUGGAAAGCAGGGACUCUGAAACACGAUCCAGCUUUCUCGAAUAUGUAAAGAAAGAAACUGAAAUGUUUCCUGGGCAGCAGCUCUUGGUGGUUAAAGAAGAGGUUCGCCAAGACUGUAGCUCUAGUUUGGACCCGCCCGACUCAAAGCCAUCCCACAUGAAGGAGGAAGUGAAGCUUUCUGUGAAAACUGAAAAAGAAGAGAAACCUAAGUUUUCAGAGUGUAAUCGCAUCAAAAUUGAAGACAAGAGAAAAGAAUCUCCAACGUCCAGCUUAGCUGAACAGAUGGAAACAGAACCUGGUGGAGUGGAGUGUGGAAGACCAGAACCGGGCAGAAAUCCCGGUCCUGUGUGUUCUUUUCAAGAAAGUGAGAUAACAGUCCAUCAAACAGUUUUCCCAGACCAGCAGCUGUUGGGGAUGAAACGAGAAGUUCCCCAUGACUUGAGCUCCGGUGUGAACCAGAAGGACCCACAGCCCACCCGCAUAAAGGAGGAAGAUGAAGAGCUUUGGAUCGGUGAGGAUGGAGAGCAGCUUAUUGUGAAAAUUGUAGAUGAUGAGAAGCUUAGUUUGUUAUCUGAACUUUAUCAUAUCAAACCUGAAGAGAGCAGAGAAACAGGUGCUCCAAAUAGGCUCUCAGCUGUACAGACGAAAAAGGAAUCUGAUGGAGACUGUGGAAGACCAGAACCAAUCCGGACCCCUCAUCCAAAUACUCAUCUACAGUCAAACAAUAAUGAAAAUGCAUCAGACUCUCCUGCUGCUAAAGUCAGGGGUGAGAAUGACAACUGUGUGACACAUCGCUCUGUAGAUAAGUCUGCCAGCUCUUCAGCUGAGAAGAAACGUUCUAGAAAAAAGCAAAGUGCUGACACUCAAACGGGAGUCAAAGCUGAGAAGAAAUCAUUUGCUUGUGAAGACUGUGGUAAAACAUUUCCCUACCAGUGUCAUCUCAAAUCUCACAUGAGACUCCAUACGGGAGAGAAACCAUUUGCUUGUGCUGAUUGUGGUAAAACGUUUUACCAGCAGUAUCAGCUUAAUUGUCACAUGACAGUCCACACAGGAGAGAAACCAUUUGCUUGUGAUUUUUGUGGUAAAACCUUUCCUUAUCAGUGUCAUCUCAAAUCUCAUUUGAGGCUCCAUACUGGAGAGAGACCAUUUGCUUGCGGUAAUUGUGGUAAAGCAUUUACAGAACUAAAGGACCUUAAACGCCACAUGAGAUGCCACACAGGAGAAAAACCGUUUCAGUGUGAGGUGUGCUAUAAAAAAUUUAGCCUAAAGGGAGCUCUGAAGCGACACAUGAUGAUUCAUAAUGGAGAGAAACCAUUUGCAUGCACCGAUUGUGACAGACACUUCAGAUUUAAUGCUGAUCUUCAAGCACACAUGUUAACCCAUUUAGGACUAAAGCCAUUUGCCUGCGCUUAUUGUAAUGCUAAAUUCACUCGAAAAGGAAGUCUGCUUCUGCAUGUUAGACACCACACUGGAGAGAAUCUGCUUACCUGUGAAAUCUGUGAAGAGAAAUUUGUCCGAAAAUGUGAUCUUGACAACCAUAUGCCGGUUCACUCAAGAGCACAGAAGGUUCCAUCUGGAAAUGAGAAUUUUGUCUGUGAUGAAUGUGGGAAAAGAUUUGUUGAGAAGUCACGUCUAACAAGACACAUGAUUACCCACACAGGAGAAAAACCGUUUAGUUGUGAUGUUUGUUGUGCAAAGUUUUCACGUCAGGAACAUGUGAAGAGGCACAAAAUGACACGCCACAAUAUGAUUAGAACAUGUGAAGAGACACAAAAUUACACAGAAACGCAUGAAGAGACACAAAAUGAAGCAGAAGUACACGAAGAGACACAGAAUGACACGCCACAAUACAUGAACAUAUGAUUGGACACAAAAUGACACAAACCCAUGAAACAAAUUCAGACCACUCAGUUCCAGGGGUUCAAAUAAAAAGACUUGGUGGUCAGUGGUUGUAUUUCUUUCUUUGAGGCUUUAAUAUUGGAUUCAAAUAUUGAGUGGAACACUCUUCCUGUUGGUGAUCAAAUGCUGGCGUGCCCAAAAGCUGCAUGACUGAGCACCUUGAAGAUGUACAGGGUUCUUCGACAGUCGGCCUUUUUUCAGUGGUCUGCUGACACCUGCUCUGUAACAUGUACUAACAUUUUAAUUUCUCCUCCUGAAAGACUGAAUUGUGUUGUGAUAUCAUUAUUUCUAUCAUAUCUAGGAAUAUUUUGUAAUUAGACUUGGUUUAAAGUUCUUUUUAGACGUUUGAAGAAUGAGCUAAUAUCUGUCUUCAGAGCACGAAAUUUUAAACCCAAGCUUAGUUUUCCAUCUUAAAGAUUGAAUAUGGCUGGUAAUUUAUUGGUAUUAUGUUUUUGACAGUAUUUAUUACAUUUUAGUUUAUAUUAUCUUAUUGCUUGUAAGGGGAUUGAGCUGUGUUUUUUUUAAUAGUGAAAUGUAAAGCUGAACUAACUUCUCUUUGAACUCUGUUGGUACUCUUCUAAUAGCCAUCAUUAUGUUUUCUAGAAUCUUUGUAAUCAAGUUUAGUUUGAAAUUCCCUUGUACUCAGUAGAAGAUGUAACUUAUGUCUGUUCUGUAACAUGAUAAAGUAAAGGUAAACUAACUUCUCCCAUUAUGUGUCACAUUAUUUACUCAAAUCUGUUGGCAUGUUUAGUUUGAGUUGAUCACUGUUCUGUAGCAUAGAAGUAUAAACCACUACUAACCUCAAUUAAGAUAUUUUCUAAUAUCUUUAACAGGUUUACUAUUAUUAGACGACUGGGCACACUUGAGUUGUGUAGUUUGGACAUGUGAAGUACUUGUAAUUUUCAGCUCUGGUAAGCUUUUUUGGUCUAGUUGGUUGUCUUUAAGCUCACUAUAACAGUUUGAGAAGAUUCUUAGUUCUUCUAAGUUACUAAUCUGUAAUUACACUUGUUCCUGAUAUUGUUCCUGUGCCUUCAACUCCUAUUAUUGACCUCCAGCGUUGGUUGAUUGAUCUCCAGAGAAGGUUUGACAGGAGCUCCUGCUCUUUCCUCAAACCACCACUCUCCUAACAAACUGAAUCUAAAAGAACAAGUGGAUAUCCCAAACAUCUAUGAGCAGGGCUUUAUCUUCUCUUUGGUUAGAAACUCCUUUUUAGAUGAGUUAUGGAUGGAAACUGGCUAAUACUUCAGUAAACACUAAUGCCACUAAUGUGCCUUAUAUUUAUUUCUACACACGUUUAGUUCAAUUUUGUGGAGCAAUCAUUUCAUCCAAGGAGCUCUGUGAUUGCUUUUGUGAAACUGUUCUGCCUCCUUCAUGUUUUGACUAUAUUGAAGUAGCGUAUGAGACACUAUGUAGCUAGCAUCUCUUUGACCAGGCUCUGCUGCUGAAAUUUAUGUGUUCCUCUUUGUGUAAACAUAAUAAACCUUUAAUGAGCAUCCUA